AAAAUUGCGGUGCACCGACACUGAUCAGUAUUAUCAUCCUUAUCAGUGCAAGAAGUGAGGGGCCAUAAUAUAUCUGAACCUUAAACCCAGUCGCGAUGGAUAUAAAACUGUGUGCAUUAAUUUGUAUUUGGAUAAAUUGUUAUUUAGUAUGCGCGGCGGAUUAUACCUAUUCCGCAAAUGGCGAAACUCCGGACCAUUGGAACAAACUGGCAACUAGUGAACUCAAGAAGGCAAAACAGAUGAAGCCAAAUAUCGCAGUAGCUAAGAAUGUGAUUGUUUUCCUUGGAGAUGGUAUGGGAGUAUCAACUGUGACUGCAGCGAGAAUUCUGAAGGGUCAACUCAAAAAUAAAACAGGGGAGGAAGAAAUACUGAGCUUCGAAAAAUUUCCACAUGUUGGAUUGUCAAAGACAUAUAAUCAAGAUGCGCAGACUGCCGACUCUGCUGGAACAGCCACUGCUUAUUUCAGCGGCGUCAAGACGAACUUAGGACUUAUAGGAUGUGACGCCCGGGCAAGAAGAGGGGAAUGCGCUUCCAUGGUGUCCGGCUCAGAGUUAAAAAGCAUUCUACAUUGGUCCUUGGAUGCAGGUAAAUCUGUAGGUCUAGUAACAACAACACGUGUUACGCAUGCCACACCCGCGGCCCUGUACGCACACACACCCGAACGGAACUGGGAAAACGAUGCCGAUUUUGACGAUGGUGCUGGACACAAUUGUAAAGAUAUCGCUUCACAGCUGAUUGACAAUAAUAUCGAUAUCCAGGUAAUCCUCGGAGGUGGUCGAGAGAAAUUUAUGAAAAACAACACAAAUGACCCCCAGAGUGGCCUACUCACGGGAGGACGCAAGGAUAAUCGUGAUUUGAUACAGGAAUGGCAACAGAAACAGGCAGGACUUGAAAGAAACUAUAAAUAUGUUUGGAAUGUCACGGCAUUCAAAGAUGUUGAUCCGACAAAGACAGAUUAUCUGUUUGGGUUAUUCAACAAAGGUCAUAUGAAAUUCGAAAUAGAAAGAAAUAAAGAGGAACCAUCAUUGGCAGAAAUGACCGAAAAGGCAAUUCAAAUACUCAGUAAAAACGAAAAGGGAUUCUUUUUGCUUGUAGAAGGCGGACGGAUAGACCACGCCCAUCAUUACGCACAGGCAGUCAGAGCUCUACAUGAUACUUUAGCGUUUGCCGACGCCGUCGAAAUGGGAGUAUCAAAGACAAGGAAGGAGGACACAUUGAUUAUAACUACUGCUGAUCACUCGCAUACGUUUACUAUAGGCGGGUAUCCGACCAGAGGAAAUCCUUUAUUUGGAUUUACCGAUGACCGAGAGGGUCAUAACAAGCUGGCAAAAGACAACAAACCUUUUACGACAUUGAAUUAUGCAAAUGGGCCGGGCGGAUAUGCAGAUGUAAAUGCAACUGUUAGACCUGACCUCACACUUGUUGAUACAGCCGACAAGGAUUACAGACAACAGGCUGGGGUAAAGCUUGAAUCAGAGACUCACGGCGGGGAGGAUGUUGCUAUUUAUGCACAAGGACCAAUGUCUCAUCUUUUCCAUGGCGUCCAUGAACAGAACUAUAUCGCCCAUGUAAUGGCGUAUGCAUCUUGUGUUGGCGGUUAUUCAUCUCAAGACUCUUGCGCUGCUUAUGACGUUAAAGAAAUUAAUAGCGGUCUAUUUUUAGAAUCAAACAUGGUUGUUUUAGUAUUUUCUAUUUUCAUAAGAUUUCAAUACGGUAGCUCCAUGUGUUCAGGAAGGUCUAAUACGUAUCAGUUGUCCCAGUUGUUCCAGAUGUAUUUCAGUGUAAUCCUAGUAUCACAAGAACAAAAUAAGAAUAAGUCGUCCCAGAAAUAUAAGGUGUAUCAAAUAUUUUCAACAAGUAAUGACAGGGAACCCCAUGGUAAAUCUGUAGGUCUGGUUACAACAACACGGGUUACGCAUGCCACACCCGCGGCCCUUUACGCACACACACCUGAACGGAACUGGGAAAGCGAUGCCGAUUUUGGCGAGGGUGCUGGAAACUGUACAGAUAUCGCUUCUCAGCUGAUUGACGAAAAUAUCGAUAUCCAGGUAAUCCUCGGAGGUGGUCGGGAGAAAUUUAUGAAAAACAACACAAAUGACCCCCAGAGUGGCCUACUCACGAAAGGACGCAGGGAUAACCGUGAUUUGAUACAGGAAUGGCAACAGAAACAGGCAGAUCUUGGUAGGAAAUAUAGAUAUGUCUGGAAUAUCACGGCAUUCAAAGAUGUUGAUCCUGCAAAGACGGAUUAUCUGUUUGGGUUAUUCAACAAAGAUAAUAUGAAAUUCGAAAUAGACAGAAAUAAAGAUGAACCAUCAUUGGCAGAAAUGACCGAAAAGGCUAUUCAAAUACUCAGUAAAAAUGAAAAAGGAUUCUUUUUGCUUGUAGAAGGCGGACGGAUAGACCACGGCCAUCAUUACGCACAGGCAGUCAGAGCUCUACAUGAUACUUUAGUGUUUGCCGAAGCCGUCGAAAUGGGAGUUUCAAAGACGAGCAAGGAGGAUACCUUGAUUAUAACUACGGCUGAUCACUCGCAUGUGUUUACUAUAGGCGGACACCCGACCAGAGGAAAUCCUUUAUUUGGGUUAACCGAUGAUCGAGAGGGUCACAACAUGCUGGCAAAAGACGAGAAACCUUUUACGACAUUGAAUUAUGCAAAUGGACCGGGCGGAUAUGCAGAUGUAAAUGCAACUGUUAGACCUGACCUCACAAAUGUUGAUACAGCUGACAAGGACUUCAGAAUUCAGUCUGGAGUAAAGCUUGAUUCAGAGACUCACGCCGGGGAGGAUGUUGCUAUUUAUGCACAAGGACCAAUGUCUCAUCUUUUCCAUGGCGUCCAUGAACAGAACUAUAUCGCCCAUGUAAUGGCGUAUGCAUCUUGUGUUGGCGGUUAUUCAUCUCAAGAUUCUUGCGCUGCAUCCGACGUUCAUGAUAUUAACAGCGGUCUAUCGUUAGAAUCAAACAUAGUAGUUUUAGUAUUUGCUAUUUUCAUAAGAUUGUUUUUUUGAUAAAUGACGAAACAUGUAACUUUCAGAACGGAUUAUUUUACCUGGUAUCAUUGUUAACUUCAAGGACAUACAUAAAAUUAAAAAAAGA